GAGUUUAGAGUUUCGCAAAAGGUUCGCGGUCCCUGCGUAGGUCCGAUUGGCUCCGCUUGUUGUAUUUUGCCAGCGGCUUGUGACACGUGAUCGCGAUGCUUUUUGUCUGAUACCGCCCCAAAAUGGCAGACAGCGACUCGGAGAGGACUCCGAACGACGAGAAAAUAAUAACGCCAGUGCAGCUAGGACCGCGGGUAGUGACCAUCUGCAAGACCGAAACGGGAUUUGGUUUCAAUGUGCGCGGUCAAGUCAGUGAAGGUGGUCCUUUGAAGAGUAUCAACGGCGAACUUUACGCGCCCCUGCAGCAUGUCAGCGCUGUGCUUGAAGGCGGUGCUGCCGAGGAGGCUGGCAUUCGACGCGGCGACAGGAUCUUGGAAGUCAAUGGGGUUAACGUAGAAGGAGCAACACACAAGCAGGUCGUGGACCUCAUCAAAUCUGGCGGAGACAAGCUUACUCUAACCGUCAUAUCAGUCACAGCUCAGGAAGCCGAACGCCUUGAACCCAGUGAUGACUCUUCAGGAGUGUCAUACAUUGACUACAGUGAAAAGCGCUCCUUACCAAUCUCAAUCCCGGACUACAGCUGGCUCGAGAGGUCUAAUGACAAAUUCGUGGUGUACAACAUUUACAUGGCUGGAAGACAUCUGUGUUCACGACGCUACCGAGAGUUCUCAGUUCUUCAUAUGAACCUCAAGAAGGAGUUUCCAGACUUUGCCUUCCCCAAGCUCCCAGGCAAAUGGCCAUUUUCACUGUCAGAUCAGCAGCUCGAUUCACGAAGGAGAGGCCUCGAACAGUACCUGGAAAAAGUCUGUGCAGUCCGAGUCAUCGCUGAGAGUGACACUAUGCAGGAUUUUCUCACAGACAUGGAUGAUGAACAUGGCGGCAGUGCGUCACUGGUGGACAUCAAAGUGCUACUUCCUGACCGGACAACUAUAGUGGUGAAAGUGCGCAAGAACAGCACCACUGAGGAGGUGUAUCAAGCAGUGGUGGAAAAGGCGGGCUUGCCGCAGGAAGUUUGGCGUUACUUUGCACUGUUCGAGAUUGUGGAGUACGGCUUCGAGCGCCGGCUGGGCCCCAACGAGUUCCCGCACAACCUCUACAUCCAGAACUACUCUACAGCCACAUCCACCUGUUUGCUGGUGCGUAAGUGGCUGUUCACCACGCAGCUCGAGGAGACACUCGCCCAGGCCUAUCCCUUGGCCGCUACAUUCUUCUUCUGGCAGGCCAUUGAUGAUGUAAACAAGGGACAGAUAAAGCCAGGCAACAAGCUUUAUGAACUUAAAGCACUACAGGAUUGUUCACGGAAAAUGGAAUACUUGCAACUCGCUAGGACUCUGGAAGGCUACGGGGAGCUGUCUUUUCCACACUGCACCUGUGAUGCACGCAAGGAUGGCCAUGUCAUCUCUACUGUGGGGAUUGAUGGCCUCAAAUUGCAGGCCUGCCGAGACGAUGGCACAUUGGAGGCACAAGUGAUUGAGUUCCAGUGGGACACGGUGGCCGAGUGGGAGGUUGAUGAAGAAGGCAUGGCUUUUGCAUUCCAGUACACCCGACCUGACAAAAAGCCACGCUGGGUGAAAAUCUUCACACCUUAUUUCCUCUUCAUGUUUGACUGCUUCGAGCGGAUACAAGAAGAACGGACGUGGCGUACAGAGAAUGCAUCUUCCGGGUAACAGCCACCACCCCCUGUGCACUAGGAGACCUAUACCAAGGAGGAAAAGCUCUGGGAGGGAAGGACUGCCACCAUGGCUGAGCGAGGACAUGCAGCGGCAUCGGCUGUCGUGUGCUUCCGAGGGGCUGCACUGGAAUCCAGCUGCACUGCAUGUAGUUGCUUGUGCAUAUUUGUACAUAGAGGGCUUUGUACAUACUAGGUAUAGACGACAUUUGGUUUGUUCAAGUGUCGAGCACAUACCAGAUGCCAUAGAUGUGCAAUGAGCACGCAGCAUCAGAGUAGUGUGCCACAGUUCUGCUUGAUGCAGUCCGCCACGUGUUCCGUCGGCAGGGAGGGAAGAUCCAUCGAUACUGGCUUGCACCCUUGAUUAAUGGGCAGGCAAACUGUGGUUAAGCUGAACUUCAGCUAUGGCCAAAUGCGCUUCCGCUAUGUCACACGAAAGAAAACUAGUUCUGCAACUUGUUGAAGCUUGGUUUUCCUUCUAAAUGAACGCAACUUCAGCGAGCCAUAAAUGAAGUUCAGAUUAACUGCAGUUAGUGUGCCUGUGUAACCGGGGUAUGAAGAGGCUAGGGCAGUGUGUCCUGCCCUCUUGUGUUCGAGAAGUCGAUUUUUUGCCAUGUUUAUUUAUGUGUACACUCACUGGCCUGAACAACAUUUGUUUGUUCACAGUUUUAGAGAGACCAAUCUUCAAAAAAAAAAAAAAGGGCAAUCAGUCUUUCUACUUGUUUUUCCGUCUUGUGCAGCUUGGCUGGGAGAGAGAAAGCGUUGAGUUUUUUGUACGUGUUAUUGUUGGCAAUAAUUUGUGAGCUGCUGGAUUUGGCCCAAAUGAAUCAUGGUGAGGCACAACAGUUUUUAAUGUAUGUACAGCAGUUGUUGUUUUGGAGGUGCGUAGUAUGUUCUCUCGUCAGAAAAAGCACUGUUUGUUAAUAUUAGCACUGUAAUUUUUCUAGUCAUCUCUGUCUAUCUCUUUUUUUUUCUGUAUGGAGAGAUUUGUCGUCCAGCCGAUGGCAAGCUCCAAGGGAUAUUUUGGCAUGAUGUGCCAAUUACAUCUGAUUGCUGCAAUAUAUAAUGAUGGAACAUCUGGUGUUUGGGAAAUGGCAGUUUUGAUGCAUUCUGACUAUGACAGUGCAUUUUUAAAGCUUUUUUUUUUUUCUAAGCGUGGAAGCUUGCUCAGAUGCAUACCAAUUUUGUCCAUGGGCAUGCUUGUGCCAGCGCAAAGGCCACGUACAUGCGCUCUCCAGUAUUUUGGCAUGCAAUGUUGAUAACGUCUCUGUUUGCUGUAUACUAUUCCAAGAUGGAAUUUACUUACUGUCUGAGGUUCAGGGGAUUGGAAGUUUUGAUGCAUUUCAGCUACUCUAUAUAUACGGUAUGGUUUUUAAAUUUCCCCAGUCUUUACACUGGAAGGCUGGAUCAGGUACAUGCAGUUUAUCUGUCGGUAGGCGCAUUUUGACAAGUGCAAAAACCGUGUCUGCACCCGCGGUAUCACAAAUAAUAGCAUGCACUGCUGUUGGCAUACGGAUGUGUGAUGCAUGUGGCCACUAGCGUGUGCCAGUGCCUUGUACCAGCAAAAUUGAGCUGGUGUACUAAGAUUUGCGCUUUCUUUUUCUUGCACUUUGUUUAGAGACGUUUUUUUGUGUGUGUAUUUGUCUUUUUGUGAUGGUCAGUUCCUUUACUACUGCCAUAUUUUUGUCCUCCGUCUUGUUGUUGUUUUUUUUUUUUGUGCUGUUGGCAACCAAGAUAGUACAGGUGGGGACAACAUAUUGAGUACCGUUGGAGCGUGCGGCAAAAUGCAUCACCGUGGCCGCGGUGCUUGGUUUUGAGAUGAGUGCUUACAGGGGUACAGAUUAUUGCAUGUCAGUACCUAGACUUUUAAAAAAGAGUGCGGCGCUGCUUCAAUAAGGCCAUUGUACACCUCUGUUGGUGGCAGCGUGACUGAAAGAUCUGUCCAGCAUCAACAGUGCACCUGUUGCAGCUCAAAAUGGUAAUACCUGCUCACUUGUGUAUUUGCAUGCUUGAUAGAUUACAAAACAUGGUACAUGUAGGUACAUUUACGUCGAGGCCCUUAGCAGAAGCCAACUGCAAUGACCUUACUAUUUACCGUGGGCAACAUGCAAGAAAUAAUUUCUGCCUUCUAAGCUGAAAUGAGGUGAUGAAGCAACAGUGCAUGUCUUAAGACGCUGGUAAGGUCUACUAGUCAUGCCGCCAUUGCUUUUAUCAAAUUGUGGCAUUUUUCGAGAUUUGACGCCUCACUCCCAGAUUCACAAUGUUUAAAAUCGAUGCAAAAUAUGCAAGUGCACAACCUCAGACCAUGUGCCAUGCUGUUGGGGGGCACUGCUGCGAUGCAAUCUUACCACAUGCUCCUGUGGUCCACUAUGGUUCGUACUUGGACAUGCCAUGUCCUCUUCAGCACCUGCCAUCCAGAGACAUACUCAGGCCUCAUUUUGCUUAAAUGGUGGCAGCUGCUUAAGGCUUGAAAAUAUUUUUGAUUCUGCAUUCCAGCUGCAGCAAAUGGCUGUGACGUGAAGCUGUUAGUAUGUUCAAACAAGAUUUUAUGUGCCGAAGUUGUGAAGGCUGUUUAAUACCGAUGUUUGCAUCCCAAGGGAGCAGAUGUCAGAAAGAAGAAACAGUUUAAAUAACUGAAUAAAUAGAGAACACCUGCACAUAGGAUGAAGCCGUUUGCAGAGUGACUAGAAUGUUCUCGUCAUCCUUGUUUUUACUUGUGCAUUCUUUUCCCCAAGUGGAAAUUUUUGAACAUGCAACCUCAGUGUGGCAUACCUGCUAUGCUGUGUAAUCAGUAGUGAAGGUGUGAUGCACCAGUGAUCAUGAAGUGCUGUAAUAGUUCAUACUUUUUUUUCGUUUGUAUUUUAAUAACUGUUGCCAAGCCUGUGCAACAUGGCCAAAUCCAGUGCUUUGUUUAUAGAGUAAGAGCCUGCAGCAGUAGAAGCUGUCCAAGACAGGUGGGAUGGUCACGUUGUUCUUUGUUUCGGAAUUUCUUAUUAAAUACAUGUUUAGUGAGAAUUGA